UUAAUUCUGUGAUCAUCAAUCAUCAUAACAUAACCUCAAAAUAACACGCCAGCUGAAGAGAAGAUAAAAUCAAAAAAUGUAUCUGAUGUAUUAUUUAGAAAAUGGGAAACGAGUAUAUACCUUAAAGAAAACGGAUCCUUGGGGAAAUCCUACAGAGUCUGCUCAUCCAGCUCGGUUUUCACCUGAAGAUAAAUAUUCCAAACAAAGAAUAAUAAUUAAAUCACGAUAUGGGCUUUUAAAGACACAAAAACCGGAACCUGUUUAUUAGAAAAGUGGAUUGUAGUAUGUAGAAAAAUAUACAUAUUUCCAACAAAAGGCUUAUAUGUGGAAUUAUCAUGUCAAAUUAUAUGUAUACAGUUUUAUUUACACACUUGUGACGAGUUUAUAAAAAGAUUUUAGUUUUAAUUUAGCUGCAACUUUACCUUAAUCUUAAUCCUAAUAUUUUUACUUUGUUUAUAAAAAUUUGGUCUUAACCUAAUUAAGAAUUGGUAAUUCAAAUAUUACAGACUUUUGCACUUGCAUACUUGUCGUGGUAUUAGUCUUAAUCUAAGAAGUUAAAAGAUAGGAACUUUCAAAAGACUAUUCUUUAAGACGUUAAUCUUUAAAACUAUGACUUGGUCAGGAUUUUUAUAAACGUGCACAUUGAAAUCUGUAGAUUUCACUUCUUAGGGUAAAGACUAUGGCUAAGUUAGGACCAAGACCUUUUUAUAAACUUACCACCAUUUCAUUAAUUACAAUUUUUUUAUUCAUCUGUUUACUAUAGUAGGUAUUGUGGAUUAUAAUACAUAAUUAUGUAUGUAUAUGUAUCAGUAACAUCUAUGAUUUAAAUGUUUUGUGAAAUAAGUACUGUAAAACUGUGCAGAAUUGUAUUAUAAUCAAUUAUUAAGAUCAUGUUGAUUAAAUCUUUCUUUAAAAUUGUGCAUUAAUAAUAGCAGGGUAUGAAUUUUAUAGGUGUUCAGCCCUUUUAAAGAACUCAUAAAAAUAUUUGUCUGUACAUACUAAUUGUAAGUAUAAAGCUAAAUGUAUGUAACAAUAUAUUUCAAUAGAUAUUUUCUAAUAGAA